UUGCUCUCUGACUCUCGGAGAGGUGGCCGCUUUCCCGAAGCUCCUGGCUACAGAGCAGGUGUUUGCUGUCCGGGCCCAGCUGGGAGAACCUAACGGUCUCCUGCAGCAAGAUGGGGCCUCCUACUCUAGCCGUUCCUACCCCAUAUGGCUGUAUUGGCUGUAAGCUGCCGCAGCCAGACUACCCACCCGCUCUAAUCAUCUUUAUGUUCUGCGCAAUGGUCAUCACCAUCGUCGUAGACCUGAUUGGCAACUCCAUGGUCAUUUUGGCUGUGUCGAAGAACAAGAAGCUCCGAAAUUCCGGCAACAUCUUCGUGGUUAGCCUCUCCGUGGCCGACAUGCUGGUGGCCAUCUACCCCUAUCCUCUGAUGCUGCAUGCCAUGGCUAUUGGGGGCUGGGAUCUGAGUCAGUUACAGUGCCAGAUGGUUGGAUUCAUCACAGGGCUGAGUGUGGUCGGUUCUAUCUUCAAUAUUGUGGCAAUCGCCAUCAACCGUUAUUGCUACAUUUGUCACAGCCUCCAGUACGAGCGGAUCUUCAGUGUGCGCAAUACCUGCGUUUACCUGGUCGUCACCUGGAUCAUGACCCUCCUGGCUGUCCUGCCCAACAUGUACAUUGGUACCAUAGAGUAUGAUCCUCGCACCUACACCUGCAUCUUCAACUAUGUGAACAACCCCAUCUUUGCUGUGACCAUCGUCUGCAUCCACUUUGUCCUCCCUCUGCUCAUCGUGGGUUUCUGCUACGUGAGGAUCUGGACCAAAGUGCUGGCAGCCCGUGACCCGGCUGGGCAAAAUCCCAACAACCAGCUUGCUGAGGUUCGCAAUUUUCUAACCAUGUUUGUGAUCUUCCUCCUCUUUGCAGUGUGCUGGUGCCCUAUUAACGUGCUCACUGUCUUGGUGGCUGUCAGUCCAAAGGAGAUGGCAGGCAAGAUCCCCAACUGGCUUUAUCUUGCAGCCUACUUCAUAGCCUACUUCAACAGCUGCCUCAACGCUGUGAUCUACGGGCUCCUCAAUGAGAAUUUCCGAAGAGAAUACUGGACCAUCUUCCAUGCUAUGCGGCAUCCUAUCCUGUUCCUCUCCAGCCUCAUCACUGACGUUCGUGAGAUGCGGGAGGCCCGUGCCCUCGCUCGUGCCCGUGCCCGUGCCCGUGACCAAGCCCGCGACCAAGCCCGCGAACAAGACCAUGCCCGUGCCAGUCCUGCUGUGGAGGAAGUGCCAAUGAACGUCCGGAAUGUUCCACUACCUGGUGAUGCUGCAGCUGGCCAACCUGAACGUGCCUCUGACCACCCCAAGCUAGCGUCUGGCCACCCCAAGCUGGCCUCUGGCCACUCCAGGUCUGCCUCUGCCCACCGCAAAUCUGCCUCUGGUCACCACAAGUCUGUCUUUAGCCACUCCAAGCCUGCUUCUGGCCAUUCCAAGUCUGCCUCUGGUCACCCCAAGUCUGCCACUGUCUACCCUAAACCUGCCUCUGUCCAUUUCAAGGCUGACUCUGUCCAUUUUAAGCCUGCCUCUGUCCAUUUCAAGGCUGAUUCUGUCCAUUUCAAGCCUUCCUCCAGCCACCCUAAGCCUGUCACUGGCAGCCAUUCCAAAGCUGCCUUCAGCCCUGCCAUCAGCCACCCUAAACCCACCACUGGUCACACCAAGCCUGGUACCACCCACCCUGAGCCUGCCACUGCUGACUCUCUUGAGCCUGUUGCCACCAGCCACCCUGAGCCUGUCAUCGCUGGUCAGCCUGAGCCCACCGCUGCUGACCAUCCUGAGCUCACUGCCUCCUGCCACCCUGAGACCACUGCUGCUGGCCACCUAGAGUGUGAUGUCACUGACCUCUCUGAGCCUGCUUCCAGCCCUGCCAGUGAGUCCUCUGAGCCUGCUGCCAGCCUGUUGGAGCCUGCCACUGCUGCUGCCCCCCUUGACUCCACUGUGGUCACCACUGCCACCAAUGAUUACCAUGAGGUUGUAGUUAUUGAUGUUGAAGCUGAUUCUGAUGACAUGGCCGUGUGA